AUGUUCUCCCUUUGGAUUCUAUAUAUUGCUUUCCUUGGUCUCUUCGCCGUGCCGACUUAUGGAGACGCCUGCUCCUUCAUCGAGGCAAUUGGCACUGUAAACGUUACCCGUCCAUUGGAUCCAGCUUACGUCUAUGAGCAGACUCAGUACUGGUCAACGUCGUGCAGCGCGCUGAAGCCCUCGUGCAUCAUCUUUCCAAACUCCGCGGCUGAAGUGGCAAGCAUUGCUAAGAUCAUUGCUAACACGACGGAGUCCUGGGCAAUCAAAUCGGGAGGCCACAACCCCAACAACUUCUUCUCAAGCGUUGAAGGGGGCCCCCUCAUCUCAACUGACCACCUAGACCAAGCUGUAUUAGACCCUGUUACCGGAAUCGUUGAUGUUGGACCGGGUAAUCGACUGGAUUCAAUUGCAGCGAAACUUCAGGGAAGUGGGUGGACUUUUGUUGGUGGGCGCAUUGGCAACACUGGUGUUGGUGGUCUCGUGCUUGGGGGAGGGCUCUCCUACAUGUCGGCGCAGUAUGGCUGGGCCGCAUCUUCAGUGCUGGAAUAUCAGAUGGUUCUCGCUAAUGGUACCAUCACUAAUAUCUCUGCUACCUCGAACCCGGACUUCUUCAAGGCACUGAAGGGCGGGGGCAACAACUUCGGUAUCGUGACCAACUAUCGUCUCCAAGCGCAUCCUCAGGGGAAUGUCUGGGCCGGAAACCUAGUGUUCCCUCAUGCUUCCUCCACGGCCACAAAACUUCUCAAGGCUAUACGGGACUUUACUGAGUACAACGAUGAUGACAAGGCCGCUGUGAUCGUGACCGCUGAGCGAGCCAACCUCGAUGCGGUCGACUCGUGGAUUCUCUUCCUCUUUUACGAUGGAACAGUACCUCCGGCGGGCAUUUUCACCAACUUCACAUCAGUUGGGCCGAUACUCAACACAUGCCGGGAGCGCACUUACGCCGACCUUAUGAUAUCCAGCAACUGGGUUGUCGUCAAAGCCUCUGUUGUGGACAUUGGAACCGAGACCAUUCCCAUCCCAACCGCUGAGAACUUUUCUAAAGUAAUGGAGACGCUUCAUGUCCACUGGCGCAAUGUUUCAAGCACUGCUCUGGCCGUGCCGGGUAUCGUUGCUUCGAUUGCGUGGCAACCCUUCCCUAAGCGCAUCGCCCAGAGAGCGAAAGCACGCGGACCUGACCUAAUCGACGCUGACGACUCUGUAGACCGCAUCAUCAUUGAGAUGAACUACAGCUUCAUCCCACUAUCCGCAUAUGGUCAAAUGGCAGACACCCUAGAAGCAACAUACACAGGGGUUCGCAACAGGGUUGUCUCAUGGCAGGCAGAUGGGACACUUCCACAGGCAUAUCUUCCACUUUUCAUGAACUACGGGUUCUUUCGCCAGGAUUACUUCGGGCGGCUACGACCAGAGAACAGGGCUUUAGCAAGAUCGGUAGCGUUGCAAGUGGAUCCACAGGGGUUGUUUCGGACAAGGACAGGCGGUUGGAGGCCUUGAUGUAUGUUAGUG